AUGUCGGCGCCACCACCUUCUCAGGGAACGGAGGAUCAGACCCCGGCUCCUGAAAUCAGCAUGAAGCCAAUCCAGACUAAGCUGGUUUUGCUGGGCGAGUCUGCUGUUGGAAAAACAUCGAUUGUGCAUCGUUUUGUGCAAGAUGAUUUUCAGGAAAACCGUGAACCGACGAUUGGCGCAGCCUUCUUGACUCAACGUUGCCGCUUGGAAGACCGUCUUAUUAAGUUUGAGAUCUGGGAUACGGCUGGUCAAGAGCGGUUCCACAGUUUGGCACCUAUGUACUACCGCAACGCUCAAGCCAGCGUUGUUGUUUAUGACGUGACAAAGGCGGCUUCGUUUGAGAAGGCUCAGAGUUGGGUGAAGGAGCUGCAGCGCCAGGCGAACCCGAACAUUGUCAUCGCCCUUGUGGGCAAUAAAGUAGACCUCAUCUCUGAGCCUGCCGAGGACACAAGCAUUGUGAACAAGGAUGACGAUGCAGAGGACACAGGUGCUUCAGCGACCGCGGUCAAGCGCGAGGUCCCAAUAUCAGAGGCGCAGAGCUAUGCUAAUGAGGCAGGUCUCCUUUUCUUUGAAACUAGUGCCAAAACGGGUGAAGGCGUGUUGGAGGCCUUCACUGAAGUGGCCAAGCACAUCCCCCUCGAUAUCAAGCCACGGGCUGAUCCGAACGCGAGCAGCGGUGUCCGCAACGAACUGGUGGACUUGCAGCGACGUACUAGCCUUCCAACCCGAGAUGGCUGCAAUUGCUAG